GAUCGGCCAUCUCCGUCGAGUAAUUGAAAUCGUUCUCAGCUGUUGAAUUCGAAUUCCGCCGUAUCUUCAUAUACCUCGUUUCAAUCCUGCGGAACCCUAGUUGCUCUUGAAUUGUCAUUUGCUACUGUGAUACGUUCUUCAAUGGUAGAUAAGGAAACACUACAAUAGCUUUCUUUAAGGAUUAUGGGGUCUGUUUGCUGUGUGGCUGCAAAGGACAGAAAUGUUUCUAGUGGACCUACAAGUGGAGCUAUUCAUAAUCCAGUGUGCUCACCACCAUGGAGUUUUCGACGGGAUAACAGGAGGCGUGUAGCUGAUGAGAUUAAAGAUUCAUUUAAUCAUAAUUCUUAUGUUGGGAAUAGAGGAAUUAGUAUGGAUAAGUUGUCGUUAGGGUUGGAGAGAGGACCUCCAUCUGAAAGGGAUUUAGCUACUCCUGCCUCUCAGAAAUCUUCAGACUCAGAGAUGGGCACAGCUUCGAUGAUUACAGCUCCUUUAACUGGCAGAAGUUUGGCGAUUCGAUCUCCUUCAGAUGUAUCCUUGGCAAGCCCUAUUCGUGUUGAGGUGAAGAAUGUAGUUGACUCACCAGAUAUUGUUUCAUCAGUUUUACCAAAUCCUUCAAGUUCCACCUCGGUCUCUGAUCUUCCAUCAGGUCACACACACUCGCUUCCUCCCAGAUCAACUCCAACUAGACGAGCGCGAGGUUCACCUGGGCAGCAGUUGUUUAGGCAGGUUUCUGAUAGUCAAAAUUUGGGACUGAAAUCUCCCAAUAAUUACUCAACAUUUGAAGGAAGGUCGUCCUUUGUGCUUUCUACCUGUAGUAAUGACACUGCCACUGGGUCCCAUAAUGCUUCUUCUGAAGGUGGCUGGUCCAUGAACGCCUUUUGUGAGCUCGUGGCUCAAUCUCAAAAGGAGAGAUGGUCGUUUGAUAGUGAGCACUUAGGUUCUGGAAUACGAAGACUAAGUGGGUGUAGUAGUAGCAGAUUCUCAUGCUCCCCUUCUGUAGAUCAGCAGACUUGUGGGAAUUGCUCAAAGUUUUUAACUGAGAGGUCUUUUGCCAGGUUUGACCUUCCAAUUUCUGCUGUUCUAGCGUGUGGCCAUGUUUACCAUGCGGAAUGCUUAGAGACAAUGACAAGUGAGACAGAGAAGUAUGAUCCUACAUGUCCCAUAUGCGCAGAGACGCAAGUUACUAAACUAUCGAGGAAAGCUCUAAAGGCGGAGCAAGAAUUGAAGACAACGAAUUACAAAAGAUGUAAGAACUAUGUGGUAGAUAGUUAUGACCGCAGUGAAUGUGAGGAGCUUGUGUUUCAGAAACUAGGGAAGCGAGAAGGAAAAGGUCUGAAGAUAGAUCCUAGUUCGAGUACCAAAGGCUCCACUUCUAAGUCUUUUAUGAAAUGGCACUUCGGUUCCGUCAGCGCCAAGUGGAGUAAAGUCAGAGAUUCUACCUCGAAGAAGAGCUUUUGGCCCAGACAUAGUAAUAAAAGAUUAAGUCAUACUUCGUCAAGCGUUGAGGGCCUUAAUCAGACAACAUAACAUCAUCUCAUCCAUAAAAGAGGACUGGCUUUGGAUUAGAGAGAAGCUGCCUUUAACAUUUUGUAUCCCUCUUUUCUUUUAUUCAUGUUUCACAUGGGACAACUGUGUAUACCAAUGAAACAAAAUUUGUCAU